AAGAGGAAACGAAAAUCAACGACAACCGAGAACAAGAAGCCCGGCUUCUUUGCUCGUAUAACUAGAAGGUCAGGACAGGGCAACUACGAGCAGACAGCUGGCGAUGAUGGCGAGAGUGGGAGGAAUUCGCACCAGCUUGACAACGCAUCUUCAAACGGCCAACGCAACAACCAGGCGAACAGCAGCGGCAAUGCUGGCGCGGCCGUCGACCGCAACACCUCUGUUCGCUCCGUCCUUACAUUGCCUGCGUAUCGGCAAAUGGCAAACCCCAACGAACAAGUCCUCGGACGAGAGGGUGAACGAGAUGGAGUAGAUGUUAUUAUUGAUUUGCCUACGGCAGAGGCAGAGGAGGAAGCCCGAGACAACGAGAUGGAGACGCUCUACCAGAUUAGGUUGGCGAGACGGCAGAUGCUAGCGGAGCGCGAGGAUAGGAGAGAACGCCGCCGCGAAGCCCGAAGCCGUAACGAUUAUCGCACGCUCGAGCAGAUCCGUGCCGAGACACGUCUAGCAAACGAGAACACAACCAUCAGCGAGCUCCGAACAACCGUCGACCAAAUCAAGGACAGCCGGCAGCGAUCCGUAUCGAGUGUAUCAUACGCAGAUGUGGGCAUUGCACGUCACGACGGAACGAGGAUUCGGGCAAACAGCACGGAAAGCGAACGAGUAGGGUUGCUCUCUGAUGCGGCCAGCCUGGGACAUCAGCGGGGACGUAGUGGCAGUUCUGCGGUUAGCCACGACGACGACUUUUCGAGUCUAGCACCUGCGCGUUCACAAGGAAGUUCACGAGCGGGCACACCGAACGACGACGGAAGAGCCGGCUCAAGUCCUGAGCUGGUUGAGGCUGAUCUCGGAGAUGAGACCAUGCCUCCUCCUGAGUAUGAAGACAUUCCACUCAAUGACGAUGGGCGGUCCACGACACCCAUAAACGAACCUCCACCGGACUACCCCGGCCCAUACCGGUCCUCUUCGCAACGGACGGCGGAGCGUGACUUGGGUUCGGGGCCGCAGAACGGUGAAGUGGGGCCGGCCGAACAAGCCGGCGACGGGCACGAUGGUAGUGACAACCACGGUUCACCACGCGGACGCGACGGAGCACCUCAAUUACCGAGCCUGAGAAUAUCACAGCUCCCCGAGAUUGUCAUUGAGCCAUCAAGCGCGCACCCACGAGACAACGAUCAACGAUCACUUCGAUGA